AUGGCUGGACCAACAGAAUUGGAGCCGCAAGUGGCACUACCCACCGCCGAGCUCAGCAGUGUCGACGACCAUAUCUCGCUGUUACCACCGCUCUCGCGACGAGGCUACGGCCCAGGUCUGAUCCUAGUCCUCCCAGCAGACGCACCAACGUAUCCUGAAGGCGGCACGGUCUGCGUCAACCAAACACCUCCACCGCUUCUAAAAUGGGCGGAGGAAGGGUUCGCGGUGGUGGAGAUCCGCGAGGCAGCAUUCAAAUCUACACGCACUGCUCAGGAAGUCUUCGCGAAGGCGGUCGUCGCUCUAGAAGGAUGUGACAAUUGCAACGAGAAAGACGGAAUCGGUCUUAUCGUCUACGACGAGAGUCUAUGGUCCGAAUACCUUUCCGGGACCCAAUUUGACUCUAAUAUCAAAGCAGCCGUCAUCUUCGGAACGACGUCUGAGCACAAGUCGUUGUCGUCAACCUUGCCGAUCUUAUGUCACCUCGCCGGCUCCGCCACAUCACCACCCCCCAAAAGCGCCCCGGGUUUCAAAAUCUACACGUACCCGACGUCCAACUCCUCCAAGUUUGCUCUCCCAUUUCAAUCCGACUUCAAUGGCGCCGACGAAUCCGUCGCGCAUACUCGCAACCUGACGCAUCUGAAGAAGUACAUCCAAGGCGCCGAAUUCGACCUCGAAGCCAUCUGGGAAGAGCACACGUACUACGAGUUCGCGGACCGGUCGGCAGCAAAGACCAUGGGUACCAUGGUUCAAGAGCCAUACGUCAACCAUAUUACCACUAUGACAGGUGGAGUUGGGCGCGAGAAGCUGACGUGGUUCUAUCAAAACAAUUUUAUCCAUAGCAACCCCGACGACACGGAGCUUCAACUCGUGAGCAGGACACUAGGAAUAGACCGAGUUGUGGACGAGUUCAUUUUUAAAUUCACCCAUGAUAGAGAAGUUCCUUGGAUGAUUCCAGGUAUCCCUCCGACAGGAAAGCGAGUCGAAGUUCCAUUCACCGCGGUGGUCUGCAUACGCGGCGACCGUCUGUACCAUGAACACAUCUCUUGGGACCAGGCAUCUGUCCUCAUACAACUUGGCCUCAUGCCUGAAUACUUGCCAUAUCCUCAUGCUCUACCGGACGGAAAGAAGCCAGCCCCAGGUAAGAAGCUUGAAUAUCGAGUUCCAGCCGCUGGGAUUGAGAUAUCCCAGAAGAUGGUCGACAAAAGCAGUAUCCAAUCGAACGGGAUGUUCGAGUAUGAGAUCCGCGAAGUGGACGCGUGA